UGUACAUUGUAUCCAUUGCUUGAUGUUCCUGAGAGUGAUUUAUGUCCAUGGGAAUGGAUGAGGUUCAGUGUAGCAUUUUGGCAUACAUUCCGUGGGGCAGGAGGCGACCCAUUUGGUGCACCAACCAAAUAUUGGCCCUGGGGGGAUGGUACCAAUUCAUUGGCUAUGGCCACAAGGGGAAUGAGAGCCAAUUUUGAGUUCCUUGAAAAGCUUGGAGUUGAUAGGUGGUGUUUCCAUGAUAGGGAUAUUGCACCUGAAGGCAAAACUCUGGAGGAAAGCAAUGCAAACUUGGAUCAAGUGGUGGCCCUCGCUAAAGAGCUUCAGGGAACCAAAAUCCGUCCUUUGUGGGGUACGGCUCAGUUGUUUGUCCCUCCUCGAUUUAUGCAUAGUGCUGCUAAUAGUUCUGAGGUUGGUGUUUUCGCAUAUACUGCAGCUCAAGAAAGCAAUGGAGGUGUGUUUACAAUCUUAUGAUUUCAUAAUGCUCAUAGGCGAAGAGAGAGUAUUGAUGUUGAGGACCUAUUUAUUGCUCAUAUUGCUGGAAUGGAUACCCUGGCUUGCGGACCUAGAAAUGCUGCCAAUCUGAUUGAGGAUGGUUCUUUGGCUGCACUUGUUCACAAGAGGCAUGAGAGUUUUGACACAGAAAUUGGAGCACAAAUAUAGGGACUUGCAGAGAUGAUUUUCCGGUCAGCACUACAUAGUCUGAGAUAUAGAAAGGUUGAGUGUGAGAACAUGCCUUUGGACUCACUUGAAGAGGUAGAGUAAUUGAGGCGUGUGUGAAGCUAGCCCGAACGCUACCUUGCUGUAAUAUAAAAAUAUAUAAUUAUAUUUAGAUUUUUUUUCUUCUUAUUACUCAAGACUCGGUGGGUCAGUAUCAAUAUCUGGACACCAACCUCACUUCUCCAACUUGAUAUGGACUAGUUUGAUACCAUGACUUGCAAAAAUGAAAUUGGGAUUAUUCUGAAGAA